AUGUACAGUUUCAUAAUGAAGGAAUCAUUUUUGGAAAGAUUAAAUUCAAGAAUUGAGGAGAGAAAUCUUUUAUGUAUUGAUUUUGAAAUUGUUAACAAUGGAUUGGUAGAUAGGAAUGCAGAGUGUUUUAACUCAUGGUAUGAAAAUGUAUCUAAACAUCUUAUUGAUUGGUCAAGUAAGGCUGUAAGUAAUCGAUUUGCAGAGUUUACAGAGUUAGUGGAUGAAAUUUUUGGUCAAGUUAAGAAUGAUUAUGCAAUGAUUGCUGAUAAAACUAUUGAAAAGAGAACAAUGGAGUAUAAUUUUAUUACUGAAAAGAAGAGAAGAUUGACAGAAUUGAUCAAAGAGUUAAAAAAGUAG